AUGGCCACGCCUCUCUUGCUGCUGCUACUCCUUGCCGUGGCGACUGGCCUGCCUGCCGCUGCUCAACAGCAGCAGCCGCCGAUCGCACGUCCGGGCUGCCGUGACAAGUGCGGUGACAUCAGCAUUCCCUACCCGUUCGGCAUCGGUCCCGGCUGCUUCAUCGCAAGCCAAUUCGAGAUCUUGUGCAACGACACCGGCAAUCCCCCACGCGCCUUCAUCGUCGCCAGUGAUACAACAUACCAGCAGAAUGCCGAGGCCACCCUGGUAUCCGGUGUCACGGAGUACCCAUUCGUGUUCAAUCGCUCGGCGAUUCCUCUGUCGCCGAUUGAGCUCAUGGACAUAUCAUUGGCCAGGGGUGAGGUGCGGGCAUAUGGCGCAGUCUCCUCCUACUGCACCAAAUCCCCUACCAGCCAUGAAAUCAAGCUCCAACGUACAUCUGUGAUGCCAGCCAAGACCAGCCAUUGGCCACUCAGGAUGUCGAUGGAGCGCAAUGGUCUCGUGGGGGUCGGCGUUAAUCUCGAAGCGAGGCUGGUAAAUACUUUGUAUAUAGACUGGCCAAGCAGUGACUCAUGGCUCUACACAACAUGCACGUCGUACACAUCUAGUGGUUUCCGUAAACCCAUAAAUGGGUCAUGCUCGGGGAAUGGCUGCUGCGAGGUCCCCUUUGCCGGAAAUUCUGCCUCUACCGUCCCCUCAUUUGCCGUUUCGUUCAUGCCCGAGAAUAAUAGCAGGUGGGAUUCCGAUGAACUCCCGUGUGUGUAUGGGAUGGUGGUGGAGAAUGGAUUCUACAACUUCUCAUCGGUGGACAUGUACGGAUACGAGGUGUUAUCCAGAAAGUUCCAAAGGGGCGUCCCCUUCAUCAUUGAUUUCGCCAUCAAGGCCGAGGAUGGGUACUAUGGCAACGGGUCGUGUCCGGCGGAAAGCCAGCAGGCACCUUCGGGCUAUGCGUGCGCCAGCAGCAACAGCUUUUGUGCGAACGAAACCUCCUUCGAUGGCUAUCUCUGCCACUGCAAGGAGUAUUACGAAGGCAAUCCCUACGUCAGUGACGGAUGCCAAGAUAUCGAUGAAUGCAAGAACCCUGAUUUGUAUCCCUGUCAUGGGAACUGCAAGAACAGGCUUGGAGGCUACGACUGUCCCUGCAAGCGCGGAAUGAAGGGCGACGGCAAAGCAGGAACUUGCAAAGAAAUAUUCCCCUUAGUUGCUCAGGUGAUUGUGGGUGCAGGUUGUGCUAUUGCUUUAAUAGUUGUGGCAUUCCUGUUUAUUCUUCUGAAAGAGAGAAGGAAAACGAGAGACUUUUACAAAAAGAAUGGUGGGCCGAUAUUAGAGAAGGCAAAACUGAUUAAACUUUUUAGGAUGAAGGAUCUCAAGCAAAUCUUAUUGGAUAGUAACAUAAUCGGUCAAGGUUUCUUUGGUGAAGUUUACAAGGGGCUCCUUGACAACGAACAAGUCGCAAUAAAGAAGCCCAAAAUUACAGGUGAGCUAGAGGAUGAACAGUUUGCGAAUGAAGUCAUCAUCCAAUCUCAAGUCAGCCACAAGAACAUUGUCAGGCUCAUAGGUUGUUGUCUAGAAGUUGAUACUCCGAUGCUAGUAUAUGAGUUUAUCCCCAAGGGCAGCCUUCAUGACAUUCUUCACGACCACAACAACAACAACAAGGUUGCUCUCAGCUUGGAUUUACGAAUAAGUAUUGCUGCACAAUCAGCAGAUGGUCUAGCUUAUAUGCAUUCAAAAACCAAUACAGAAAUUCUGCAUGGUGAUGUCAAGCCAGCCAAUAUCCUCUUGGAUGAUAACUUUUUGCCGAAGAUAGCAGACUUUGGCUUAUCAAGGUUGCUCGCAAGAGAUACAAAGCACACUGAAUUAGUCAUCGGUGACAUCAACUAUAUGGAUCCAACAUAUCAAAAGGAAGGCCUACUAACAGGAAAAAGUGAUGUCUACAGUUUUGGAGUUGUGAUCUUGGAACUUAUUAGUCGGAGAAAGGCCGUACAUUCUGACACCAAUAACUUAUUAAACAGUUUUCGUGAAGCUCAUGAGAAAGAGAUGAAAGUAAUUGAGUUGUUUGACGAAGAAAUCGCGGUACCACAAGAUAUGGGGGUUCUUAAUAGUCUAUUAGAGUUGGCCAUGGAAUGCCUCAGCCUUCAAGUGGAUGAAAGACCAACAAUGACAGAGGUAGCAGAGCGCCUCUUCUUGAUCGGUCGAUCACGUCAGCAAUAA